UUCUGCUAUUAGGAGUUUCAACAAAAGUCUUUAUGAGCAGUGUUUAAGAGAUUAUCAGAGAAUCAAGUCUUUGAAGAGGAAGAUGACUAUGGCUUUGCUAGCUCAGGUAUUUGUAUUCCAAUUACUUUUUUUUUAUAUUUUAGAUUUUAAUUUGUUUAUUUUCGUUCGUAGUCUGAGAAAGAGAAGGCUGGUCCGCGUUCUUCUGAUGGUUUCACUAGGCAGUCUGUCAGUAAGUUUGCUUCUGUCAUUGGUUCUUUGUCUGAAGACAAGAAGGAUGUUAUCAGGAGUCAUGGAUUUGGAUCUCUUUUGCUUUUCAAUAAGUGUUUUGUUCCUAAGAAGUUCUCUAAGUGGCUGGCAUCUGUUGUUGAGUCUAAAUCUGGUGAUCUUAUUAUCCAUGGGAAGGUUAUAUCGUUGACUCCCCAAACAGUGAAUCUUGUUCUUGGCAUUCCGCUUGGUGGCACUCCUUUUCCAUCUAACUACUCCACUGGAAGAGCUGUUGUUCUUUCUAAGUUUGAUAAGACUUCUCUUCCUCAGAUAUCUUUCUUUGCCAAUAAGCUCAGUGAAGUUGAUCUAAGUGAUGAAGAAGUUUUGAUCUGUUUCUUGGUUGUUUCUCUUCAUUGUUUCCUUUGUCCCAACUCAAAUAUUGUUCCUAGUCCUCGCUACCUUGGUGUGUUUGAAGAUAUUGAGAAAAUCAGUUCUUAUGAUUGGUGUGGGUUUGUUCUGCGUUGGAUGCUUGAUGGGGUUAAGAGUUUCAACCAAGGCAAGAAAGCUGGUCAGAGAAGUUGUGGUACCCUUGGCGGAUGCAUGUUUUAUCUUGCUGUUAUGUAUCUUGAUCAUGUUGAUUUUUCGCAUCGUCGCAUACCUGAUUCAUUUCCUCGAAUUGAAGUGUGGAAGCUAAAUAUGAUUAGAGACUAUUCUGAUCUUGAUCUGAAAUCUCCCUCUAUCUAUGGUAUGAGGCCUCUGUUAGAUUUUGAAAAGACUUGCUAUCAUAAGGCGUUAUGUUCUCAGUCAGUGCCUGUUGUUGAUGAUUCUGAUGAUGUUCAGUUUUUGAAAAAGCUUGAAGAAGCCUGUGGUUGUGAUGUUCCUGAUGAUCUAAAAGCUAUUGUGCUCAGUGUUAUUGAAGAUCAUUGCAAGAGUUGUCUCUCUCCUAUUUCUAUUGAUGUGGUUUCACUUGGUACUCUUCCAGAUGAGUUCAAAAAGUUGUUCAACAAGUUGAUGCAGCAUGUUUAUUCUCUGAAAUCAAAGUCCAGGGAUUUAGUACUUAAAGUGUUGAAGGUUUUUGCUGAUUAUGAGAGUGGUUUAGCUGAUCGUGAAGUAUGUGCAUCUCGUUUGUCUCCUAGAGUAGCAGAGCAUGGUACUGGUAUUCAUAAAACUAAUUUGGAUGAGGUACUUUUUCUCUCUUGUUUUUUGUUUUUUGUUUUUAUUUUGUUGUAUGAAAUUUGAUUUUUUUUAAAAAAAAAUUGGUAGCCUUGUGCGAUAUAUGAGGAUGGAGCUCAUUCUUUCCCAAAGGUUCCAAGUAUGUUGAUCUCUUAUAUUUUUUUGUUUGUAAAUUAAUUUUGACCAGUUUGUUAUUUCUUUAAUGUGAUAUGUUCAUAUUAGUAGAUGUUGCAGUUGCAUCUCAAGUUGGAGCGAAGCUUGCUGUAGACGUUGAUCCUGCAGGGUCUUCUUUGAAACGUUCUUCUCCUUGUACUAGCAAGCAUGUCAGAUUUGGUUUGGAUGUCCCAAAAGGUAUAUUCCAUGAUGUUGCUCGAGCUAGUGAUGGUGCUAAUCAUUCCAAGAGUGUUCCUGCAAUUACUAAUGUCGAUGUGAUUCGUGUUGGUACUGAAUCUGAUGCUGAAGUUGAACUUUUUUCUUCUCCCAAUCAUUAUGUUGGUCCUACAAUUGUUAUGCAGACUAUUCCUGAUUCUGAUGAUGAUUCUGCUCGCAUUACUCCUAAGUUGUCUAAGAUUGUGUCUUCUGCUUCUCAAUUGAAUCAUUUAUCGAAGGUUGGUUCUUCUGUUGUUGUUCCUGUCAAUAUUUCUUCUCCUGAAGUUACUAUUGUUGGUUCAAGAUCUCUAAGUCAGAAGCUUAAGUCAAUGGGCAAGAAAUCAGAGGAUGUGUAUAAUUCUAAUGUGAAUAAAUCUAUUCCUGGUUUGAAAUCUUCUCAUCAAUCUUUGUCUAAGACUCUUGGGUAUGCUUGUUCAACUCCCAUUGAGGGUGCUGGUGGUUCAAGUAGAUCUGACUUCAAGAUUAGAGACUCUUCUACUGGUGGCAAGGUGCCUAUUCAUGGUCCUAGGAGGCUUGUUGUGCCUAGCCGUAAAAUACGUGACGAGUUUGAGAUUGAAAGAUCUAAAUUCAAAAUUAGCAAAUCUCAAAUUUUGAAUUACAAGGCUAUCUGUAGUUUGGCUGCUUCUCGUGACAGUGGGUAUGUGUUUGUGGUUGUCUGUAUUUUGAGAAAUGUUUUGUUCUUUUUUUAG